GACUCCCAAACCAGGGCGCCCAGUGAAGAGGCUGAGUUUCUGUGCAUCUCCCUGCUGUGCAGAGAGAGGUGGCACGGGGAUGAAAGUUUACGAAGGUGGUUUUGCGAGUGGGUGGGAUUAUGACCGUUUUGCCUAAGGUUAACUCCUUACGGACAUGAUAAGGGUGAGGGAAUAAAUAAUACGGGUUUGAUCUGAAGAUGUCGUUUGUCCCUUGAAGACACUUUUGUGGAGGUGGUGCAGCAAGUUCAUGAUGAACGUUGAUUGCACCCAUCCAAGUAAGGAGGAGAAGGAGAGAAUGGCUCAGAUUCUCCAGAUGGAGAUUCCCAACUUUGGUAACAGCAUUCUGGAGUGCCUGAAUGAGCAGCGGUUGCAGGGCCUGUACUGUGAUGUCUCGGUGGUGGUGAAAGGCCAUGCUUUCAAGGCACACAGGGCUGUGCUAGCUGCUAGCAGCUGCUACUUCCGGGACCUUUUCAACAAUAGCAAGAGCACGGUGGUGGAGCUUCCUGGUGCCGUACAGCCACAGUCCUUCCAGCAGAUCCUCAGCUUCUGCUACACUGGCCGCCUCAGCAUGAAUGUGGGCGAUCAGUUCCUGCUCAUGUACACGGCAGGAUUCCUGCAGAUCCAGGAAAUCAUGGAGAAGGGGACUGAGUUCUUCCUGAAGGUCAGCUCGCCCAGUUGUGACUCCCAAGGCUUGCACGCUGAGGAGGCGCCUUCAUCUGAGCCACAGAGCCCUGUGGCCCAGACGUCCACCUGGCCCUCUGGCAACACCCCCUUGCCCUUGGUCUCUCGCGUAAAGACAGAGCAGCAGGACUCAGACUCUGUCCAGUGCACAUUUGUGGUUAAACGGCUCUGGGAAAGCAGCCAGAAAGAAGGGGGAGGUGGUGGCGGUGGCGGCAGUAAUGGGAGCCGUAAAAUGGCCAAGAUCUCCUCCCAGCAGGAUUUGAGUGGGGGUAACAGGCAGGCCCAGCAGCAGCAGCAGCAACAACAGCAGCAGCAGCAACAACAACAGCAGCAGCAGCAGCAGCAGCAACAACAACAACAGCAGCAGCAGCAGCAGGGGAACCUAACCGGUGGAGGUGGAGGGGCAGGUGUGGUCAGUGGCCCCAGCACUUCAGACCAGACCAGUCCUGGCACCUCCAGUGCUUACACCAGUGACAGCCCCAGCUCCUACCACAAUGAGGAAGAUGAAGAGGAGGAUCCUCCUGAGGAGGGCUCCGACGAACAGUACCGGCAGAUCUGCAACAUGUACACUAUGUACAGCAUGAUGAAUGUAGGACAGACGGCAGAGAAAGUUGAAGCCCUGCCAGACCAGGUGCAAUCAGAGUCUCGCAACCGGAUACGGGUGCGGCAGGACCUGGCCUCCCUGCCUGCUGAGCUCAUCAACCAGAUAGGGAACCGGUGCCAUCCUAAGUUGUAUGAUGAAGGUGACCCAGCUGAAAAGCUGGAACUUGUGAUAGGUACCAAUGUGUACAUCACUCGGGCACAGCUGAUGAAUUGUCACGUCAGUGCUGGGACGCGGCACAAAGUGUUGCUCAGGCGGCUACUAGCAUCCUUCUUUGACCGGAACACCCUUGCCAACAGCUGUGGCACCGGAAUUCGCUCUUCCACCAAUGACCCUAGCCGGAAACCUCUUGACAGCCGGGUGCUGCAUGCUGUGAAGUUUUAUUGCCAGAAUUUUGCCCCCAACUUCAAAGAGAGUGAGAUGAAUGCCAUUGCUGCUGACAUGUGCACAAACGCACGGCGCGUAGUCCGUAAGAGCUGGAUCCCCAAACUGAAACUACUGAUGGCUGAGGGUGAUACCUACACAACCUUCAUCAAUGACACUGGCAAGAUGGAGCCAGACAUAAUGGGGGUGGAGCACAGCUUCGAGACGGGCAGCCAUGAUGGUGACGCAGGCACCUCCAGCGAGGGCCUCCAGUAAAACCUGCCCACCUCUUUUGUUUUUCCUCAGUCAGUGGUUUUUAUUUCCUAAUCUGAUUUUUUGUAGAAUUGUUUUCCACCCUUUCCCCCCCCAUUUCCUUUUAUUUUAUUUUUUGUUGUUGUUGGUUUGUUUUUGUUUCUGCAGAGGGGAAGGAAAGCAUUUCACUGUUUCCUUUUUUUAAAGAUUCUUAAACAUGGGCCUUGUGUCCUUCAUCACCACAGGUAGUAGGAGCUCAGAGGGGAAGCCCUGCUGAUGUAAAGGCAGUGCUGGCUGGCAUUUUUCCCCCCACCCUUACCCUGCCAUUCCUCUAUCCUUGUGCUAUGAAUUGUUCUUAGACAUAUAUUCUAAUAGAAAACCAUAUUGAAAACCAAAUCCAUUUACAAAUAAAGGCCAUGAUCCUUUAUUCAUGAUCCAGGGAAGUAUUGUCUCAAAGUGCUGCCUCUUCCUUCAUCAGAUCUAGUUCUCUCCCAGAAAGGGCUUUGACUUGGGCUGAUCGUCAGAUCUUUGCUCAGGUCCAUAUCAGAGAGUUGAAGUAUCCUUGUGCCAUGAGAAAUGCAAACAGAGGCGGGAUUGAACCUGGUGCUGCUGUCAUAUCAGCCUCCCCUUCCUCAACUGCCCUCCUGCCUUCUCUCGCUUAGGCACGUUCAGGUUUACACAGAAAGGCAGUCUCUCCUCUGUCAUUGUAAGUAUCCUUCCCUACACACACAUAGAUGCCCUCUACUUUAUGUACUCCCUGAGCCUAUGUAUUUUCUCCACUCUUGUAAUUGUGUUUAAAAAAAAAAAACAAUUGAAGUACAACUAAGUUCAAUUAUGACCAUAACUUAAGGAUUGCUUCACUCCUUUUCCAAUGUAACUAACAGUUUCAAUUACUUUUACAGUUACAGGGUGCGUAUGUCCUCAGCUACUGUGUUUGAAGCUGAUUGGUUUUUUUAUAAAUCACUUAACCAAGCCCUGCCAAUUCUGUAGCUGCCCUUUAUUUUGUCCAGUAAGUUUGGACUGCCUAGCUUGGCUACCAAAUUGGUAACAUAUAGGCCAAACCAGUAUAGUAGAGCAGUCAUCUGUUGUUUUCAGUGGUACAGGGAUCCAUGAAGCUAAGAAGGUGAAUUGUUUCCUAAAUUUUAUAAAAAGAGGCAUAAAUUUAAAAAAUAUGCAUCCUCUUCUGAGGUGGCUGUGAGGCCUUCGGUUCUCCCAGCCCUAGCUACCAUUGCCUAACUGAAAUGCUGGGGUUUCACCUGGGCUGCAGCUUGUUUAUUAGCUUUCAGUCAGAGUGUGUGUGUGUGACUCUGUGGGUACAAGGCCAAUACAUGUUGUCGUUCUAGAGGCGAGCGCAGAAAGGCUUUUGUCGGGUUCCCUCUGCUGUCCCAGUUGGGAAAGGUUCCUAGAGUGUCCCUUUUGCAGUGCCGUCAGUCAAAGGGCUAGCACCCUCCAGUCUGUGCUGUCGGAUGUUGGUCAAAGAACUAGCCGUCUUUUCUGUUUCUUUUAUACCAAAGGUCGUGAAGGGCAGGAAUUGGUUUCGGAAAGAAAGGGCAAAGGCCAAAGGAAAUAUAGCACCCCUUCCUUGGCUCCAUCAAUGCCAGAAGCUCCCCAGCGUGUGGAGAUGUUGGAGGGCAGUGUCCAUGUCUCCAGGCCAAGGAAGGGGUGAGCUUAGACUUUCAAGGCCGCUGCCGCCUUCAGUUCUGUAUGUAGCUCCCCUAGCCACCAACAGAUACCUAACUGCAAUGUGACAUUUCACCUCUUUUCUACCCCCCCCAAUUUUUCAUUCUUGAUCCCCCCCUUUUUUUAAAGGUUUAUGUGAAGUGUUUGAUCCAUAGUAUGUAUCUCCCGUGCUUUGGUAUCUUGAAAUGAGAAGAAAAUGGGGCAAUGCAGGAAGUAGGGACUCUGGUCCAACUGGAUGAUCUUUAGUUAUGACUGGAGUUAAGCUCCUCCCCUUUUUGCUUUUUUGUGUGUGUAUGGUGUAAGAUAAAAACGCAUAGUCACAUUGGAGGAAUCUCUCUCCUCACUGGAAAUAUUUUUAAAAUGUUUAUUCUUACUGCAAAUGAACGCCUUUGUCCCAGCACUGUAUAUCUUCCAGAAAGAGCCUUUGCAAAAUUCUCCAAACCUUCUGUUUUUAACCUUCCUUUAACCCUGCUAUUUCAGGGAAUUCUAGGGUUGGGGCUGAGUUCCUCAAAUGCUCUUGCACCUUAACCACUGUCAGGACCGUGUCAUGUAGAUUCCUUUGUAAAUUAAAGCAAAUUGGGCUAGGGAAAAAGCCCACUGACACCCCCCCCCAAAAAGGGUUUGCCAUUGGGUUUCUAUCCUUGUUUGUAAAGGGAUGUGACUCUGAAGAGGCUUUGUCAUCUCUUGUGAAAUAACCCCUUUAUCAACUUUUAAAACAGGUGUAGUAGAUAAGAUCUGCUCUGCUUGGGUGUGUUUCACUUUGAAGAGUUGCAGUCAUCAGAAUCGUCCUGUUUCGUAAAGAAGAGAAUCUGUAGCAGAAACAUCCUGUCCUUGAUGCAAAAUUGGCUGCUCUUAGAGACAUCUCUUUCUUUGGGGGAGGGGGGUUGGGAAAAGCAUAUUAAUGCCCCUCAUUAAGCACUGGUUGUUAGUCUGUGUGUAUAAAGGGAAGGCUGUUUUCAGUUGUCACAGACCAAUGUGUUCAAUCAUUUUGUGGGAGGAGGAAAAAGAGGAGUCUGCGGUGACUAUUUCAUGUAUUAAUUAGGGUGGUUAGAUGUUUCACAAGCAACAUGUACUGUACUGAAAUUCUCCUUUUUAACAGAUUUUAUUUGUAAUUUGGACUCCUGAACCCUGAGAAAAUUUCUGCAACCUUAAGGAUCAAAUACUAAGCAAUAUUUGCCUGGAAGUAGGUUCCAUUGAACCCUUCUCAAUGUAACUACUUCUGAAGAGGCAGAUGAUAAUAAGAUCUGCACUGCAUUGAUACAUUUUGAGUCUCAACAUUUUGGCUAGAAUGCUGAUCUGGCAGCUUGACAAAAAUGAUCCCUUUAAUCUUAAGACAUGUGUCUGAUUUGCGCAUCACACAAUAGUUAAUAAAUUGCUUCAUCCUGAAAGAAUUUGUUUCUACUUCAGAGCAUGGUGUUGGUUUUCUUUUGUGUAGGGUUGGCAGUCCAAGCACUGUACUGUAGUUGUUUCUAAUAAUCUCUUGAAAGCAUUUUCUUUUCCUGCCACUGGGGGGAGACAAAGGUACACAGGAAGGUACAACCAAGCAAAAGGGGUUUUGUAAAUUUUGCUGGAUGCUGAACACCUGAGGAUGCUGUGGUUUAGCCCAGGAGGCUGCUCUUGCUGUGAAAUGUUUCUACAAAUAAGGCUGGCUAUCAUCGAGAUUUACUGUAGCUAAUUUACAUUACAAAUUUAAGCCAGUUCUAUACAGUAUUGGUUUCAUUUGGGUAGCUUCCUGCAAAGGAUCCUACAAAUGGCAAUUUGUUGACUUGCUGAAAAUUUCCUUCUCUGGGUUUUUGCCUGGGGCCCUGUUCCCAGGGCUCCUUUGGCGGGACUGCAGAUAGAGUGAGUGAAUUUUGCAAAGUAACCAUGUUUAGUCACUAGCCAGUCUCAGCGUCUGCCUCACGCUUGGAAAAAGGCACGACCCAUUUUGUCCAGACCUGAAAACUACCAGGCUUAUGUUAUGAUGGUUUAAAACUUAAACCAUUUUCAUUUCUUUCCAGAAUCCUUUUUUCUUCUUCUCUUCUCCCGCUAUUUCCUUUCAUGUAGCAAAGGGAUCUUUUGUCAUUCAGUCAGCAGUAGACCUUUAUCAUAUUAUUAAUUUUAUUGUAUGUACGGCCAUUUAUAUAAAUAAGUCCAUUCACUUCAUUCUUGAUUUCUAUUUUCCUUUCAAGAAGAUGAAGUGAUAAAUAAGUUAAAACCAAAUAGACAUUUGUUUAGAAACCUGAUGGAGUAUGUGUAUAGUUUAUUUAAUUACACAAAGCAAUCUUUAAACAUACUCUGCUUAAAAAAAGAUAGGGAAUAAUGCAUGUCUUUGGAAGGGAAUGAAUGUUCCUAUUUGUGUAAGUCUCCUACCAAUUCUUCUUGCCUGAUUUCUCAAUCUGAGAAAGAAAAUCUAAUGAGUCCCUCCCCCCCCCCCACUUCAAGUUUCUUACAGUUCAUUGCAGGUGGUGAUCAUUUUGUAUCAUUUCAGGAUCUCAGAUCUGGCAGUGCUUUUGAGUCUAUUGCUCUCACAAACAGCAGCUAAGUAUAUUGAUACCUAUAUAUGGAUUUAUAGUGCAGGCACUCUGUGGAUUACUCCUCAGGUUUUGUAGAGACUAUCUCGAUGCAACAUGAUGACAACUGUAGAAAGAAUACACUAAUAGCCAGAACUCACAAUAUAAUGGAUGUAAACGCUUUGCUAAGAGAUUCUGUUUCCACAUCCUAGACUCAUAGAAUAAUUGAGUUGAAAGACACCUAUAAGGCUAUUGUAUCUAAUAUCCUGCUCAAUGCAGGGGUACAAAUCAAAGUAUAUCUGACAAAUGUUUGCCCAGUUUUUUCUUGAAUGCCUCUA